AUGGUGCGCUCCUUCUCAAGCUUCAUUGCCUUCAGUGCCACCCUAGGCGCUUCCUUCAAAGGCUUUCCUCAGAAUCCCCUGGACAAACACCUGCCAAAGCGGAAUCCCCAGGCUGAGGCAGAGGCAGGCAACAGGGCUCCCCGCAUCCCCUCUUCAUGGGCCAUUCUCUUUGCUUGCGACUGUGGAGCCCCGGAGGGCGACCACGUCUGCACCGCGGGCAGUGCCCCAAGCGGCCACAGUCCCCCUGCCCACCGCCGCAGUGCUGCCCGAGCCCCAGGGCACCCGCGGGCAUUCCUCUUCCCGGGCCCUGCAGGCUCCCUCCGAGCUUCUGCCCUUUCCAGCUCCCCCGGGGAGGCCCGGCAGCCGGGAUUUGCAGGACCCGGGGAAGCGGCAGGCCGGUUACAGACUGCAAGGCCGCCAGCUUGGGGCCUGCGUUCCCCGGCCUGGGGAGCCGCCCAGAGAGGGCAGCGGGCAGGCCCGGGGCCGCUGCGGGGUCCCGGCCGACUCCGGGCAGCUGAGCGGAGGGCGGGCUCGGCCAGGACGGCUGGAGGUGCAGAAGGGCCGAGGUGCUGGGCAGGGGGGCCCCCGAGGACACGGCCAGAGGCCCCCCACCCCUGGGGCGGAGGAGGGGCCCGGCUGAAGCGGGAGCUGGGGCGGAUGGGACGCCCAGGCUCCCGGUCGCUUGACUCCCCGCCCCUGUCAGAGCCGCCCGGGCUGAGGGCAUCCAGACGUGGGCAGGGCCGCUGCGGCAGGCCUCCUGGUCACCGGGAUUUCCCGGACCGGUCGGUCGCCCUCGGUUCGCGGCACGUGGCUCAGCACGUGGCCGAGUGCCUGGCCCCGGGCACCCUGGAGCCGCCGGCCUCUGUCGCCGAGGCGGUGUCGUCCCUGACCAUCGCUGACGCGUUCGUCGCGGCUGGCGAGAGCCUAGCCCCGCCGCCCCCGGCGCCCCCUCAGAGGUUCAUCUGCUCCUUCCCCGACUGCAGCGCCAAUUACAACAAGGCCUGGAAACUAGACGCGCACCUGUGCAAGCACACGGGGGAGAGACCAUUUGUUUGUGACCAUGAAGGGUGCAGCAAGGCCUUCGUCAGGGACUGGCACCUCAGCCGCCACGCCCUGGUUCACACUGGAGAGAAGCCCUUUGUUUGUACAGCUAGUGGCUGUGAUCAGAAAUUCAACACAAAAUCAAACUUGAAGAAACAUUUUGAACGCAAACAUGAAAACCAGCAAAGACAAUAUGUAUGCAGUUUUGAAGGUUGUAAGAAGACCUUUAAGAAGCAUCAGCAGCUGAAAACUCAUCAGUGCCAGCACACCAACGAACCGCCGUUCAAGUGUACCCACGAAGGAUGUGGAAAACACUUUGCUUCCCCCAGCAGUCUGAAGCGGCACGGGAAGGUCCACGAGGGCUAUAUAUGUCAAAAAGAAUGUUCUUUUGUGGCAAAAACAUGGACAGAGCUUCUGAAACAUGUGAGAGAAGCCCAUAAAGAGGACAUAACAUGUGACGUGUGCCAGAAAACGUUUAAGCGCAAGGAUUUCCUGAAGCAGCAUAUGAGGAUUCACGCCCCAGAGAGGGACGUGUGUCGGUGCCCCAGGGAAGGCUGCGGCCGCACCUACACCACCGUGUUCAACCUCCAGAGCCACAUCCUCUCGUUCCACGAGGAGCGGCGCCCGUUCGUGUGUGAGCACGCCAGCUGCGGCAAGACAUUUGCCAUGAAGCAGAGCCUCAGCAGGCAUGCCGUUGUGCAUGACCCUGACAAGAAGAAAAUGAAGCUCAAAGUGAGACCGUCUCAUGAAAAACGGAGUCUGGCCUCUCGGCUGAGUGGGUACAUUCCUCCUAAAAGGACACAGGACCAGGGUGUGUCUUUGCCCAGAAACGGGGAGACUGAACUGCCUUCUGAACUGCACUAAAGGCAAGGUGCCCUCCACCGUGGCGACGCUGGCCCCAGCUACACACCAGACUGCUUUGUUUGAAGGACCGCAGACCAGCCAGCUCAGUUAUUUU